AUGACCGGCUCAGAGUCUACCGUGGAAGAAACAAAGACCACUCUCCUGCAGAAGGCCAGAGCGUGGGGAGAGAACCCGUUCCCUCCGACCCUGCUGGCAUCGCUCAUCACCGCCCAGCAUGCCCGUCCGCUACAGCCGCUGCCUCUGCUGUUCGCUCCCAUCCUGCUGACCACGAGCUAUGCGAACAUCUUGGGAUACAAGACCGACACCGCCGGAAUCAGCGCCGCCUGGUCGGGUCUUUACCUGCUUCUCGCCGGUCGGCGACGACAGCCGUUUAUGAAGAAAUGGGGCGCUCGUGGAAUCGUUCGCGGCACGACGAUGGGUCUGUGUUUCGCCAAUCUUGUCGGUGGUGGACUGGCCUAUAUGCUCGGCAAGAGGGAAGAUGAGGAGGAAUAG